CUGGUGUUCUAUUAUAGAGUUAACUGUCUUCCCCUUUGUAGUUGAAUUCCGAGAGGACCUGUGCAACAGCCUCUGGAGGAUCGAAUCUUCACUCCCACUGUCUCAGCAGUCUACAGCACGGUAACGCAAGUAGCAAGACAGCAGGGACCUCCGACCCCUUCCCCUUAUUCAGCACAUGAAAUAAACAAGGGGCAUCCAAAUCUUGCGGCAACGCCCCCGGGACAUGCAUCGUCCCCUGGACUCUCUCAAACCCCUUAUCCCUCUGGACAGAAUGCAGGUCCAACCACAUUGGUAUACCCUCAAGCCCCUCAGACAAUGAAUUCACAACCUCAAACCCGUUCUCCGCCCAGCAGAACAGUGCCAAUACAUUGCACAGACAACUGGAAGAGGAGGAAGGUUUUGGAACAGACUCCCGUUUACAGGUCCUUGGCUGGAAGAGGCUGGAUAAAAUACUGCAUUUUUUUCCAGAGGCCUCAAAUACAGCCUCCUAGAGCUACCAUCCCAAACAGCAGUCCUUCCAUUCGUCCUGGUGCACAGACACCCACUGCAGUGUAUCAGGCCAAUCAGCACAUCAUGAUGGUUAACCAUCUGCCCAUGCCAUACCCAGUGCCCCAGGGUCCUCAGUACUGUAUACCACAGUAUCGUCAUAGUGGCCCUCCUUAUGUUGGGCCCCCACAACAAUAUCCAGUUCAACCACCAGGGCCAGGUCCUUUUUAUCCUGGACCAGGACCUGGGGAUUUUCCCAAUGCAUAUGGAACGCCUUUUUACCCAAGUCAGCCAGUAUAUCAGUCAGCACCUAUCAUAGUGCCUACGCAGCAACAGCCCCCUCCAGCCAAGAGAGAGAAAAAAACUAUAAGAAUUCGAGAUCCAAACCAGGGAGGUAAAGACAUAACAGAGGAGAUUAUGUCUGGAGGUGGCAGCAGAAAUCCUACUCCACCCAUUGGGAGACCUACAUCCACACCAACUCCUCCUCAGCUGCCCAGCCAGGUCCCUGAGCACAGCCCUGUGGUUUAUGGGACUGUGGAGAGCGCUCAUCUUGCUGCCAGCACCCCUGUCACUGCAGCUAGCGACCAGAAGCAAGAAGAGAAGCCAAAACCAGAUCCAGUGUUAAAGUCUCCUUCCCCAGUGCUUAGGCUAGUCCUUAGUGGGGAGAAGAAAGAACAAGCAGGCCAGACAUCUGAGACUACUACAAUAGAAUCCAUACCAGAGAUUCCUCUACCUUUAUCACCUACCACUGUUUCUUCAAUUGCUCGAAGUACAAUUGCUUCCCCCAUUUCUGCUGCUCUAAGUAGCCAACCAAUAGUCACCACUCUUAUAGAUGACAGAUGUGAACUCUCUUCCUCAAAAGAAGAUACAGUUCCUAUACCCAGCCCCACAUCUUGCACAGAAACAUCAGACCCUUCACCAACAGAUGAAAUUGAUGAUGAUAUAUGCAAGAAACCCUGUAUCAUAGCACCUAAUGAUAUUCCACUGAUUGCUAGUACUAAUAACCUAAUUAAUGAAAUGAAUGGAGUUAGUGAAAAAUUACCAGCCACAGAGAGCAUUGUGGAAAUGGUAAAACAGGAAGUGUUGCCACUGACUCUUGAAUUGGAGAUUCUAGAAAAUCCCCCAGAAGAAAUGAAAGUCGAGUGUAUCUCAGCUCCCGUCACCCCUUCCACAGUUACUUCCUUUCCUCAGGCUCCUUCAACUCCUCCAGCUUCUCCUCCUCCUCCUCCUCCUCCUCCUCCAGUCAUUGUUCCUGCUGGCACCACUACUGUUAGUUCUCCAAGUACUCCCACUGCAGUCCAGAGAGUAUUAGAGGACGAAAGCAUAAGAACUUGCCUUAGUGAAGAGGCAAAAGAGAUUCAAAACAAAAUAGAGGUAGAAGCAGAUGGGCAAACAGAAGAGAUUGUGGAUUCUCAAAACUUAAAUUCAAGAAAAAGCCCUGUCCCAGCUCAGACAUCUAUAGCUGCACCAAAGACAUGGAAAAAACCAAAAGAUCGGACCCGAACCACUGAAGAGGUAUUGGAGGCUGAAUUGGAGCCUAAAGUUGAAGAGGACCUUUCAAUUGACAGAGUACUUGAGCCUGAACAAGAUAAAAUGAGCCAAGGGUUUCAUCCUGAAAGACACCCCUCUGACAUAAAUAAAGUAAAAACUGUGGAAGAAAACGGAGAAGAAGCUGAGCCUAUACGUAAUGGUGCUGAGAGUGUUUCUGAGGGUGAAGGAAUAGAUGCUAAUUCAGGCUCCACCGAUAGUUCUGGUGAUGGGAUCACCUUCCCAUUUAAACCAGAAUCCUGGAAGCCUACUGAUACUGAAGGUAAAAAGCAGUAUGACAGGGAAUUUCUCCUCGACUUCCAGUUCAUGCCAGCAUGUAUACAGAAACCAGAGGGCCUGCCUCCUAUCAGUGAUGUGGUUCUUGAUAAGAUCAACCAACCCAAAUUACCAAUGAGAACACUUGAUCCUCGGAUUUUGCCUAGAGGACCAGACUUUACUCCAGCCUUUGCAGAUUUUGGAAGACAGACUCCUGGUGGAAGAGGUGUACCUAUUUGCAAAGUGCAGAGCAGGCACGGAUUGCCAAUUCUGGAUCAGAGCAAAGCCCCAACUUGCACUCCACUGGCGAUGUCGCACCCACCCCUGAAGAGCCUGCCUCUAGGGUUGUUGAAUGUUGGACCACGGAGAUCUCAACCUGGCCAAAGAAGAGAACCCAGAAAGAUCAUCACAGUUUCUGUAAAAGAAGAUGUACACCUGAAAAAAGCAGAGAAUGCCUGGAAGCCGAGCCAAAAACGAGACAGCCAGGCUGAAGAUCCUGAGAACAUUAAAACCCAGGAACUUUUUAGAAAAGUUCGAAGUAUCUUAAAUAAAUUGACACCACAGAUGUUCAACCAGCUGAUGAAGCAAGUGUCAGGACUUACUGUUGACACAGAGGAGAGGCUGAAAGGAGUCAUUGACCUGGUCUUUGAGAAGGCUAUUGACGAACCCAGUUUCUCUGUGGCUUACGCAAACAUGUGUCGAUGUCUAGUAACGCUGAAAGUACCCAUGGCAGACAAGCCUGGAAACACAGUGAAUUUCCGGAAGCUACUACUGAACCGUUGCCAGAAGGAAUUUGAAAAAGAUAAAGCAGAUGAUGAUGUCUUUGAGAAGAAGCAGAAAGAACUGGAGGCUGCCAGUGCUCCAGAGGAGAGGACAAGACUUCAUGAUGAACUAGAAGAAGCCAAGGACAAAGCCCGACGGAGAUCCAUUGGCAACAUCAAGUUUAUUGGAGAACUGUUUAAACUCAAAAUGCUGACAGAAGCUAUCAUGCAUGAUUGUGUGGUGAAGCUGCUAAAGAACCAUGAUGAAGAAUCUCUGGAAUGCCUGUGUCGCCUGCUCACCACCAUUGGAAAAGAUCUAGACUUUGAGAAAGCAAAGCCACGCAUGGAUCAGUACUUUAAUCAGAUGGAGAAAAUUGUGAAAGAAAGAAAAACCUCAUCUAGGAUUCGAUUCAUGCUACAAGAUGUGAUAGAUCUAAGGCUGUGUAAUUGGGUAUCUCGAAGAGCAGACCAAGGGCCUAAAACUAUUGAACAGAUUCACAAAGAGGCUAAAAUAGAAGAACAAGAAGAACAAAGAAAGGUUCAGCAGCUCAUGACCAAAGAGAAGAGAAGACCAGGCGUCCAGAGAGUGGACGAAAGUGGGUGGAACACUGUACAAGGAGCCAAAAAUAGUCGAGUACUGGAUCCCUCAAAAUUCCUAAAAAUCACUAAGCCCACAAUUGAUGAGAAAAUUCAGCUGGUACCUAAAGCACAGCUAGGCAGCUGGGGAAAAGGCAGCAGUGGUGGAGCAAAGGCAAGUGAGACUGCACCCUCAGGGUCCAUAUCAUCCACGCCUGUAGAGUUUGAUUCCCGAAGGACCUUAACCAGUCGUGGAAGCAUGGGCAGGGAGAAGAAUGACAAGCCCCUUCCGUCGGCAGCCGCUCGUCCAAACACUUUCAUGCGGGGCAGCAGCAGUAAGGACUUGUUAGACAAUCAGUCUCAAGAAGAGCAGCGGAGGGAGAUGCUGGAGACUGUGAAACAGCUCACGGGAGGCAUUGAUGUGGAGAGAGACAGCACAGACGCCGAGCGAAGCAAAACAAGGGAGUCAGUAAUGAAACCAGAAAUGUCAGCAAUGUCAGCUCCUGACAGACCUGCUUUAUCAGAGGAGGAGAUGGAGAGGAAGUCCAAAUCUAUCAUUGAUGAAUUUCUACACAUUAAUGAUUUUAAGGAAGCCAUGCAAUGUGUGGAAGAGCUGAAUGCCCAUGGUCUGCUACACAUUUUUGUCAGAGUGGGA